UGAAGUUGACGUCGUGGAUUUGUAAAAGGACAGCAAGGCUUUCACACGAGCUGGAGUCCAUCCACAUGAGCUGAAGAGCCGCUCUGUAGACCGCGUCUGCUCGCAACUUACACGCGCUUUAUCGAGCUAACUACCGCACACACGUGCUGUACUGUCUUUCUACUCCUUCCCAAAUAUUGAACUACAGCCUUGCUGAAGCAACGAGUGUUUAAUCAUCCGAGGCUGCACUCUUCAUUGAAGCUGAACCCCCCUGAACCUCAUGAGUUUUGUGGAAUACUCCGAGAUCAUCCAAGAAGGGGAUGUCGUCAUUAUCUUCCUGGGUCAUGAGUCCAUGAUGCCUAUCAAAGUUCAGUCGGGAGCUCAGACGCAGACCCGCUAUGGGGUCAUCCGGCACUCCAGCGACCUGAUUGGACAGCGGUUUGGUUCCAAAGUGACCUGCAGUAAGGGUGGUUGGGUUUACGUGCUGCACCCCACACCAGAGCUGUGGACUGUCAACCUUCCCCACCGAACACAGAUCCUCUACACCACAGACAUUGCCAACAUCACACUGAUGCUGGAGCUCAAACCGGGCUCUGUCGUCUGCGAGUCAGGUACAGGCAGCGGCUCCCUGUCUCACUCUAUUCUGCGGACCAUCGCGCCCACCGGCCACCUGCACACGGUGGAGUUCCACGCUCAGCGAGCCGAGAAGGCCAUGCAGGAGUUCAAGGAGCACAAAGUGUCUCACCUGGUUACUGUUAGAAACCAGGAUGUGUGCAAGGAUGGCUUUGGCAUCACAGCAAUAGCUGAUGCAGUGUUUUUAGACAUCCCCUCUCCAUGGGAGGCAAUCACACAUGCCAAGAGCGCCAUGAAACGCAAAGGAGGUCGUCUCUGUUCCUUCUCGCCGUGUAUAGAGCAGGUCCAGAGGACUUGUGAGGCAUUACUGGACCAUGGCUUUGAGGAGAUCUGCACACUGGAGGUUCUGCUCCGGGUGCAUGAUGUUCGUACUGUCAGUCUGCCCUUACCAGACUUCGGACCAGAGGAGGGCUCUGCUGGCAGCAGCCAGAUGGCUUCAGAUGUUGGUCAAGAGGAAGUCCCAAACACUGGGAACACCUCUGUGAUCUGUAGGACUGCCACACCUCCCAGAGAAAUGGCAGGACACACGGGAUACCUCACCUUUGCUACCAAACCCCUCGACUAGAAGCAUAACUGAAGCUGAUGGAGACUGUUAUAGUGUUUGAGUUAUGCAAACUCAUGUCAUGACAUGUGACGUCAUUUGUGCACACCUGUGUGGUCUUUUUUUUCAUUUUUAUUUUUUUAGAUUGGUUAACAGCUAGAUGGGCUUUUACAUCAAUAUAACCGUUCAUGCCAUUUAAAAACUGGUUUAGUACGGACUGAUGUUCAUUUUUUAU